GCUGCAGUUCGGCUUAUCGCUAUGACGAACCAACGCCCUCCACCGCGCCGCGUAUCAUCAACCGUGCUACGGACUGUUCACUAUUGAGUAGCGGCUGUCGUUGUGGCCUGUGGGUGAGGUCUGGUUGCGGGCGCUCAGCGACGUUAUAAUACUUACUGCGAUAAAAUACUAAUAUUAUACGUCAUGUAUUGUAAAAUAUUAUUUGUGCGCGCGCGCGCGUGUGUGUGCUAUGCGGUACACGGAUGGCGGUGGCUUCCAUUGUGGUAGAUUAGGACCGCGGUUCUCGCGCCCGUCGUGCGUUGUGUGUCUACGUUUUCCGCGUUAUUGUACGUUUUUCCGUUUGAUUAUUGGCGUAAUACUACUGUGACAUCGUUUUUAUUAUUUCGGCCGUUUAGGAUGCUCUAAUAUUUGUCGUGUGUAACACUGAAAUCAUUCGACGCCGUCACGAUGCAAACCAUUUCUGUGAAAGAUUGUCUACAAGACUCUCCGAAAUUCAGGUUGGUUACGGUUUUCUAAUAUCUCGAACGAUAGUUAACAUCCGACAUGGACAUAGGUCCCGGCCGACAUAUGUUGUGUAAUAUUAGGUAAUAUUAAUGUUUUUAACUGUAGUUAUAAAAAUGUACUUUUGUUUACUGAUCUAAUCAGUAAAUAUUUUACUGCUAAAGCUCUUUUUGUAUAGAAUUUCACAAUAGUUUUUAAUUUUUAAAAACAUUUUUAUUGAUAGGCAAGUAACUCUAGGUGUGUAUAGGUAUUUUUAUAGUUUAUUUUUUAAACAAAAAUUACUGUUUUAGGCAGUACUAUUAUACUACUAUACAUAUCAUAUACUAAUAAAUAUGAUGAAGUUAGUAAAGUUUAUUGAUUUUAUUGUCUAAUAGAAUCCUCUGUACUCGUUCAUUACAAUUUAUACUAAAUAUGUAUUAUUAAUUAUGUAUAUCUAUAGUUAUUACAAAUACGAAUAAUACCUACAAUUAUUCCAUUUCAGAUCACAACUAGAUCUUCAUGAAUCCAAUAUAGAUUUAUUAGAACACAGGCUGGAAAAGGUAAUUAUUAUUAACUAUGUAUCAAUAAUUAUAACCAAAUUAUAUAGUACCAAUAUCUAUCAAAAUAUAGAUGAAAUGUGAUUACUACAGUGGUUACUAAUGUUUAGGUUGUAAAAGUCUGCAGUUCAAUGAUAGAUUCCGGAAAGACAUAUGUGAGUCAACAGUCACUGUUUGCCAACAGUUUAUGGGAAAUGGGACUUUGCUUCCGCGAUGACACCUCUUCAACCAAAAAUUUGAAUAAAAUUAUUCACGCACUCCAAGAAAUGAACAAAUUGUUUACGACAUUCUUAGACCAAGCUUCACGGACAGUUUUGAACAAUUUAACUGUAUUUGUUAAAGAGUAAUUUUUUUGAUUUAAUUUUAUUAAACAUGACAUUUUUAAAGUACUUAAUCAAUUUUUUUAGGGAUAUUAAAGCAAGCAAAGAAUCAAAGCAUGUAUUUGAAAAGACUGCAUCGGAACUUGAUGCAGCUCUCUUGAGAAAUUCCCAAGUAUUGAAAUCUCGCCCACACGAAGCAGACGAAUUACUCAGUUUAGUUUCUUCGGCUAGAAGUUCUUUUCGUCAUGCUGCUUUGGAUCAUGUGCAUUGUAUUACUAAGUUAUUAGCCAGAAAAAAACCAGAAAUUUUUUCUACUGUAAGUUUAAUUAUUAUUUUCUAUCCAAUAUUAUUUUAAAAUGACUAAUAUUUAAAAAAUAAAUAAUAAAUAUGUUUAUUUCAUAAUAGUUACUAUCCUAUAUCCAAGCUUGGAGUACAUAUUUUCAUCAAGGGUUUGUACUUACUGAAGAUAUACAAGAUUUUAUUCAAAACUUGAACGAAGAAGUUGUGUUAAUGACUUCUGAAGCAACCAAAUUGGAAAAGCAGCUUAAUGAUAAUCACAAAUUAGUUGACAGGUUCGAUAUUAUUAUAUGAUAAAAACAAAAUAAUCAUUAGGUAAUGUAAAUGGGGUGUAAUAUAAUUUUUAAGUUUGCUAUUUUUGAAAUCAAAGCCAUGAUACAGUUAUAAUAAAUGGUGAUAUCGAAUCUGAUUCCAAAGAUGAAAAGGAUGUAGUUCGUAUCGAGGGAUAUUUGUACAAGAGAACCAGUAAUGCAUUUAAAACAUGGAAUCGACGAUGGUUUUAUUUAAAGAACAAUCAGCUAGCCUAUCGUAAAAGAAAUGGUCAGUACUAAAUUAUAUUCAAUACAAUUUAUAAUAUAUAAUAGAAAUAGAAAUAGAAUAUAAUAUAAUAAAAUAAAGAGUAGGGGUAAGUAUAAAAGUGCUCAUAAACCAAAGUGGUAAGGAAAUUUCUGCGGUAAUGAGACAAAAUAAAAUAUCGCUGACUUGACCUAACUAAAGCAAAAUUGCACGAUAGUUAUAGGUCUUCUAUAAUAUUUUAUUUUUAACUUUUGAUAAUUUAUAUCUAUAUAGACUACAGACUACAUUUCAUAUUUUAUUUUUUUUACACAUGUGACUUACUUUUCUAUCUUACACUUCCCUGAUUAUUUAUUUAUUUAUUUAUUAAUAUAUAUAUAUAUAAUAAUUAUAGAACAUUUAUUAUCGAGGUAUAUAUCGGACUAUACAUUUAGGUAUAGCUUAAAUUAAGAAUCAAAUUAAUUUACUGGUAUUACAAAAAUAUUCUGCUGUAUAUAUAAUUGUCAACUGACUACAAUUUUUCAGUUUGUAAAUUCAUUUACCACGGGCGGUAAGCCAAAUAAUAGUAUAUGUAGCGAAAAAAAUUAAUUUUGCUGCAGGUCUUGUGCAGUAAAUAUUUACCGCUGCAAAAAAUUUCACUUUGGUAUAAGGUCUCUCAUUUAAAUAUAUGAAAACAAGUUUUUGCUUCUGCUAUCUCUCUGGUUUGUGAGAACUUUAAGUAUAUAUAGUUAUGAUACAGAAAAUGGGGUCUAAUGGGUGAUAUAUGAAAAUGGAUGGGUGUCGGGACCAGUCGAGAGUCAAUGAGCCCGCCUUUGGCCUACAACCAUUGCAUAGGUGUGGAAACGUAUAUCAAAUAUAGCAGCCUGCCUUCGGUUCUGAUACCACUAUAAUCAAAGGAGAGAACUUAAAUAGAUGUAGUAGAUUAGGUUAAGGAUGAUAGGAAAGAACUGGUGAAAGAAAAGGAACUUUUACUGAACAAACCCAAAGAAGAAAAAAAGGCUUUGUUUGUCUAGCAACAUUAUCUAUUAGACUAUAGCAUAUAGUGUAAAUAACAGAUGUUAAUUAUUUUGAGAGCUGAUAGUUGUUACACUUAAUUGUCUAUUUCCAAUACUAGAUAUUUAAUAUAUUACAAUUAAUAAUUAUAUUUUUAAUCUAAUUCACAAUGCAAGUAGGAUUUUAUUUAAAAAUAUUUAAACUCAAAGUAUCUAUUUUGGAUUCUGAGUGUGAAGAAUGUAUUGGUUUCACAAAAAUGUUUAUUUCUUUUAUUUUUUAUGUGUAUUAUAUAGACCCUUUUCUAAAAGGAAAUUUUCUUGGGGUAGUACUUAAAGGAGAUCAUUAUUCGAUUUUCAUCAGCUGUUUUCUCAUCAAUAUGAAAAACCAGAAAAAAACCGGAAAAUCAGUACAAUAUUAAACAAAUAUUAUUAAAGAAAACAUUUAAUGCCCAUUUAAUUUUACCAUAAUUUGGCAUAUAGAUAUUGUUGAAAAAGCCACACUAUCAACAAAAUCCCGCUCAAAAUUGUUUUUCCUUAGCAAUGGUUUAUCAUUGCUUGCAGAUUUACAUUAAAUUCCCUUUUGUAUCCUACUUUCCUAAUUUCCUACCCAGAACAGUGGCUGCACCCACAGUGGAGUAUGUUCAUCUUUUAAAACAUUUAUUAUGUAUUAUUUGGUUAAACUCUGACCAUGAAACAUGUUAGUUUUCUGUCUACCACCAACAUUUUUUCUCCUUUACCUUCCUCAUUUGUGUAUGGACAUCUUUUUUUCAUAUACUUCUUAUAUCUCCCCUAAUAAGCUCUAGCCACGUUCCUUGGUUUCCCAUCUACACUUUAUAAACUGACCUCGACUAUCUCAAACUAGUAUGUUACCAAUAGUUUUUAUUCCUUUACACACUUUUAGGUGAUGAUUUAUUUACUAUUAUGGAAGAAGAUUUAAGAAUUUGUUCUGUUAAACCAGCAUAUGAUGCAGAGCGAAGAUUUUGUUUUGAAGUUUUAUCUCCAACCAAGUAUUACAUAUUAUAUAAUAUUUUAAUUUACUUUUCAGAAUUAACCAUUAAACAACAAAUUAUUCUCGUUUUUCUAUAGAAGUCACAUUUUACAAGCUGAUUCUGAAUUUGUGUAUAAAUCGUGGAUAGAAUCUCUUCAGCGGGGGAUUGGAGCUGCAAUACAGCAUAGUGAUCAACGCAAUAUUAAUCCACCAUUUGGCAAUAGUAUAAUGACUAAUGAAUCGAAUACUUUAAAUCAUCGUUUACCAAGCAGUUCAAAUAAAAUUAAAAAGUCAAAGUAAUAAAAUAUUCUUUGUAGAUCAUUUAAUAAUUUAAUAAUUAAAUAUAAUAAAAUAUAAUAGGACUUUGGAAAUACUGGUUAAAAUUCCUGGUAAUGAAAAAUGUUGUGAUUGUAAUGCGCCCAAUCCAAGUUGGUCUAGUAUUAAUUUGGCAAUUACUCUUUGCAUAGGUGAGUAUUUAAUUUAUAUAUAAUUAGUUAAUAAACAAAAAUAAGCAAAUUGAUUUAAUAAUUAUUUAUCCCAAAAAUAAUUUGUCUAAUUCAUUUAUAUCCUUUUUAAAGUUCUCUAGUAGAUGUAAUACAAUUAUUGCCCUAUCUAUGUUUAGUCUUUAGAAGUUAUAAUCCUUGGUUUUUUAGUCAUUUUAUGUUGAUCUAGUGCCACACAUGACUAUUUUUAAUUUUCGAAAUAAAAUCAAGUCCUAUGAGUCUAAAUCUGGUUUAUGAGUUGGUGGUAUAAUAGAAUUUUGAGAUCAGACUCACGCACAAGUAUUCUCUUUCAAUUUCAAUUUUUACUCUAAAGAUAGCAGCUAUAGAAUAAUUUUUUCACAUAACUUUCUCAGUUCUUAUGUCAAAUUAAUGUGUUCUGAGGAUAUUUUGAUGUUGAGUAUUAAAUUUAUCACCCAGACAGUUAUUUUAUAGUCAAAAAACACAUUAGAAUGUCCUAUGUUCAAUGUUCUUGUGACAUAAAAUCAGAGAUUAAAACUGUGUAGGAAAAUUUUAUUUUGCGAAUAUAAACAUUUUUCGAUUUUUUUUUUAAACAUUUAUAUGAUUUUUAUUAUAUUUAUCUUGUAAUUUUAUAACUUAUUAGCAAGAAGUAGAGUUAAAAUCUGAAAGUAAUAAACAAUAAAAAUACAUUUAAAAUGUUAAAAAAGGCAAAAAAAGCAUUUAAUUUAUAUGAAAAUCAAUUAAAAAAUGUACUAAAAAAUUAAAUAGAUUUAAGUUGAUUUAAAAAAAAUUCAUUACCUUGUACUUAAAUUAACUGUCAAAGAGUUGAUAGUUUGGACCCAAAAUAUUUUUGUACAAUCACUGAAGUGUAUUUCAUACAUAAAUAAUUAUCUAAAUUAAGAUUACUACCUACUUAAUAAAUGAUUAUUGUUAAUUGUUUCUCCAAUUAAUACUUGGGUGAUUUUUUUGAUGUUUCCCAUCUUUUUUUCUUCAACAUAACAUUCUUUGAGUUUAAUUUCUAUAUUAUUCAUAAUAUCUACACUUUUCGAUAAAAUAAUUGUCCACAAAUUAUUAAACGAAAAUUGCGGUUGACCAAUGACAUGAUACGGAAGUAGCUCUACACUGGGAUUUGCCUAUCAUUUAACUUGUUUUUUUUUAUCUCAGAAUGUAUGUCAGGGGGAACACUGUUCUAUAUUUUUUUUCUCUCUCUUUCUCAGACGUGUAGGUACAUAUAUAUAUAUAUCUUAAUUUAUGGUAGUUACACAAUGCAUCCACACACAUGAUAAAAACAAUAGAAACAACAUACAAGUAAAUACAAAACACUAUUAAUUAUGAUAGUAAAUAAAACAGCACUAAAGUUGUAAACAAGAUGGGUUCCUCAUGAAAUUAUCAAAUAUCAAUAUUAUUAAUAUUUAACAGCUGAAAACAUGGUAAUAUAAAUUAUAAAAACAUAAUUUUAUAUAAAACUGUAUGGAAAUUCUAAAUCAAAGACUUACUCGAGUUUCCAAUAGACUGUGUGUGCAUCAUGUAUUGGAAACUCAGCUUUAUAUAAGUGUAUUUUGAUUUUGGGAUAAUUAUAAGUAUAAAGAAAACUAUACUUCAAAAAUAUUUAUAAUAUUGAUAUGAAGAUAAGAGGUGAAUGAAGAUAAAAUAUGUAAAGUAAAAAUAUGAUAAAAGCAUAAGAUUGCCAUUUUGCAGUCAUUUGGCGGUUUCUUUCCCUUAUGAUUUUAGAUAAAUUAUCUUAAAUUGUGCUUUCCAUAGAUGCUUGUCAAAUUAUAAAAGUAUAAGAGACACUAGAGUGACAGAACUCAGGAGACAUUAAAUAUUAUGAAAUAAUAAUAAAAUGGCUUUCAUGUUUUUACAAAUAAAAUACUUUUUUAAAAGAGUAAAAAGUGUUCGAAAAUAAUAUAUUUUUGUUGUUUUUUAUGUUACAUAUUUUUGCAAAAUGGUUUUCACUCCCUGCAUGCAAUUUCUUGAUUAUACAUUGUCUUUGUGGAUACUUUGUCUAUACUGCCUUCGUUGCUUAAUUGCUUAACUGCUUAAUUUAAUUCACUUAUAAAUUACUGUUUUUCUCAUUGCAGUGAUUUCAUAAACAGUAUUUAAGAUUUCAAAUUUCUAUCCUCAAAAAAGAGAAAAAUAAAGUUUAAAAUAACUUGUGUUAGUACAGUCAGCUAGUGGGAGCCGUGUGUCCCACUAUACUACUGUAGAAAACUAGUUCGCAAAUUAUAAAUAUAUUGUGAUACUAUGGAAAAAUUAAAUUUUAUUAUUUUUAUCUUUUAUUUCUGUUUAGAAUGUUCUGGUGUACAUAGAUCUCUGGGUGUUCAUUACAGUAAAGUCCGUUCUUUAACACUCGAUGAUUGGGAACCAGAAAUUUUAAAAGUUUUAGCUGAAGUUGGAAAUUUAGUAGUGAAUGAAAUAUAUGAAUACAAUGUUCCUGAUAAUGUUAUACAGGCUUCACCUAAAUGUUCAGAGUAAGUAAAAUGAUCAGUUAUUAAAUUAAAUAACAAUUGUGCAUUAUAAAUUAUUUAAAUAAAUAAUAAAAUGUGUUCUAGUGCUAUUCGUGAACAAUGGAUUCGAAAUAAAUAUGUAGAUCGCCUUUUUGUAAAACCAUUACCUAAUAAUGAAUUAACACUAAAAGAAUUUGAUACAAGAAAAUGGAGUGUUCGCAAAGUAAGAAGACGAGUAAAUCAACACCAGUCUACUCAAAAACACGAUGUUAUGAUAUUCGAUAGUAAUGUUAGUAAUAAUAUAUCUGCAUAUGCCUUGAGUAGUGACGAUGAUUCCACUAUAAGCGACUGUGAAACUGAGAAAGACGGUAAGUGGGUUGUACUUAAACUUUUUAUUGAUAAAUAUAUUGUCAGUCUUAUUAUUAUAUAAAUAGUUGGAGAAGAAGAUAUGUCAACUUUGGGUCCAGAUAUGUUAUUAUAUCGAGCAGCUUUAGCUCAUAACCUGCCAGUUAUGUGUCAUGCUAUGGCUAUUGGAGCAGAUAAGAAUUGGAGAAAUCCUAAUGAUAAUGGGCGAACAUGCCUUUUCCAAGCUGUACGCAGUGUAAGAUUUAUUUAAUAUAUUUAUUUAUACUCAUAAAUUUAUAUUAACUAUUUUUUUAUUCUCAGGGUUCUGUAAUGGCUUGUGAGUAUUUGAUACUUAAUGCAGCUAACAUAAAUAUUCAAGAUUAUGAUGGUCAAACUCCUCUAUUUUUUGCAACACAAUUAGGUAAAUUGUUUUGUAAUUUUUUAUUCGUUUUGCUUAUUUAUUUGAUUUUACAUAAGUCAAUGAAUAAUUUAAUUUGAUAGUAAAGCUAAAAACAUAGUUCUUAAAUAAUAAUUCUGAAUGUUUGAUAAUGUACUAUAAUUGUUUUAUAAAUCUAUAUUAGGAUGGACCAAGAUUUUAUUUUUAUCUUCUAAUAUAAUAUUAUGUUCUAUUGGGUAAAAAAAAGUUCCCCUUAAAUGUUUAGAUCUUUAAAAUUAUUUUUAGAGGCCAAAGGUAUUGAUUUAUAAAUUUUUAUUUUUUUUAAAUCUUACAUUUUUCAAAAAAAAAAAAAAAGUUUAUUUAGCUCUUAGUAAUUAAAAUAUUGAAAUUAUUAGUAGUUUUGAAGUGUGAUUCAUCAAAAGUUUCUAAAAAGGAAUCCUACAAAUUCAAUAAGAUUACAUUUUUUUUUUUUUUUGAGAAAUAAGUUUUUAGACUAAUUAUAAAAAAUAAAAACUAUAAAGCUGCUAUGUUUGAUAAAUUUGAGGAUAUAAACUCAGGAAAUCAUUUUAAACAUUUAAACGAUUAAAAGAAACUUUUUUUAUCCAGCUGAACAUAAUAUCACAUGAAAAGAAGAAAAAAUUCUUGUCCACCCUAAUAUAUAUUAUAAAUAGAAAUUUAAUGCUAUAUUUGCAUUACAUAAUACAUUUUUAACUAUUUGAUUGAUCUAUUCACUGUGAAUUUUGUGCAAUAGAAUAUUUAUUUAUUAUGUUUUUAUCUACUUUCAAUUAUGAUUAGUUUAAUUAUAAUUAAAUUUGCAAAUAUUAUUUUCAUUUUCUAAGGUCACACAGCUCAAGUAUGUCUUCUUUUAAAACACAAGGCAGAUCAAUAUCUCCGGGAUCAUGAUAAUGUGGAACCACUUGAAAUUGCUAUUAAACAAGCCAACGCAAAUAUAGUAACUUUGUAUGUUACUAUUUACAUAUUUACUAUUUAAGUACAUAUAAAGAAAUACAAUUUUAAAUCUUGAAUCCACAUACAAAAAAAAUACUUUUAUUUUUUUUAAAUAAACCUGAAUAAUAUUUAUUCACCCCAAACAAAUUUUAAAUAUGAUUUUUAUGAUUGAAGGGUGUAGUUUUCAAAAUUGACUCUAUCCUUUUAUCAUUGUUAUCAUUAAAUUAAAUUCAAUUUUUUUAUAAAUAGAAUAUAUUAUAACUGGUAUGUUAUUACCAGUAACAACUUACUAAUAGCUUUUGAGGUUUUCAUUAAUUGUUUAAGUAUUUUUAGUUCUGUAUACUCUUAGUAUUUAUUUUCAAAUGUACAAUAUGAAUCUCUAUUUUGAAUUAUUAUUAACCAAUUUGUAUGUUAAAACAUAUUUUGACAAAACUAAUUAGGCCUUUUUACUUAAUUUUCUAAAAAAUUCAUAAUAGUACAGUUUCAAGGCAAGUAAUCAUACAGAAACUAAUAUACAAUUGAACCUUGAUAACUCUAAAAACUUGACAACUCAAUUUUUUUUUUAUUCCUCUAGAAAUUCUCUCAACAUUCAAUGUAUUAUAAGUCUUGUUAACUUGAAUAUAAAAUUGUGAUAAAUAGCCUAGUCUAAGUAUAUUAUAUAUUAUACAAAUAUAUCUCGUACAUUUUCUCAUUUUUCCUCCCAUUUUUUUCUAUGGUUUUUCACAUUGGAUGAGAAAAAUUGAGAAAAUUGAAAAUUACUUCCCUAAAGUACUUCCCUACACCAAUUUUUUUCUAUUGUAUCUAAUAAAUAAUACGUAAGUACAUACUUAUAAUAUCAUUGUAUCUUUUUUUAGUUUUUGGAUAAGAUUUAUGUACAUAUAUUAAUUAUCAUACCAUUUUUAUUUCAGAGCUAGUUAUCUUGAAUAAUACAUAUCCUAAAAUUAAUUUUUAUCUCCCUUUAACUUCAAGUUAUCACAACUUGACUGUACUUUGUUUACUUUACACAUGGACUUUAUCUAAUACACCAUGGUAGGCUAUUAAAUAUUCAUAUCUACAGAUUUUAGUAGUAUUGCUUAUUAUCAUACAUUUUCUUACCUAAAGAUUUUUCUUUUCAACUUAAAAUUGGCCUACAGCUAAGCUAUAAUAAUAAAUAUAAAAUAUAAAAUCACUUCUUUUUCAACCAAAACUUAAAAGUGGAAUAUAUCCGCAAUGGCUUGACAGAAAGUAAAAAUUUCAACAUUAAAAUUAUUUUUAACUAAUACUAUUUAUGGAAUUUUUAAUAUAGGUUGCCAUUUGAAAACUAAAAGUAAAUGUUGGUUUUACCCCCAAAAAUAAUGACUAAAAUAUCAAAAAUAUCAAAUUGUAGGGCUGUUUGUUUCUUAAAAACAAUGUUCUAAAAAACAAAUUUCGAAUAAAGUUAAUAAUUUCCAAGACAAUGAUAGUAACCACUUAAAUGGACCAUCUGGGAUUUUAGAUUCUGAGCAGAGUAAGGAAUGUAGUGGUUUGAUAGUGAUGUUUAUUUUAUUUUUCUGUGAACAAUUUUUCUACUAGGAAUCUUGCUUCAAUUUCAAGCAUAGCAUUUCCUUUUCUGAAAGGAAAUUUUAUCUGGGUUGUAUUUUAGGGAGGAAAAUACUUAGGAAAACCAGGAAAAGUUUAUAAGCAUUUAAUUUUGUAAGUAAAUUUAUGUAAUUUCUAUUUAGUAGGUAUUUUGUAGAUAAAAUUGUUGAAUAAACAGAAUACCUGAAAAUUUAACAGGAAAUUUAUUAUAAGUUAUAUUUUGUAGUAAAAAAAAAAAAGUAUUUUAGUAUAAAAUUUUAAUUAAAAUUGUAAAUAUUAUGGGCUUUUCAAAACAUCCUAUAAACCAAACUCCACUUAAAAUGGUUUUUCAUUUGAAAUGAUUAAUUGGUUAGUACAUAUAUAUAUUAAAUAUUCUUCUACCUUCUCAACCUACUACAGUGGUCCACUCAUCGUGUAAAAUAUGUCCUUUUUUUUCAAUAUUUUUUAACUUCUCUGAAUUUUAUUUUUAUGAUCAUAAAAAACAUAUAACUGUUUAUUUAUUUAGACCUAUUUCAAUAGUUAUUUUAAAAACUAGUAAUAUAUUUUUAAAACCCAACCUAUUUUUGAACUACUGUAAAUAUUAACAUGGCUAGAAUGGAGAAUGGUGUAUGAAGAUCUAAAUUUUUAGAAUCAUACAAAAUUGUGAUCUUUAUGUGUACUUAUUUUUAUAAGACUAAAAUAUUUAUACAUAAUUAAUUAUGUAAUAUGUUAUUAUUGUUAUUAGGCUGAAACUCAGCCGGUUGAAUGAAGAAAUAAAAAACUCUGAAUUUGGGCUUGCAGAAGAAUCAUUCAAUGAAGUUGUCCGUGAUUUUGAACAAUUAACAUUCAGUCCUUUACAUAAAUAGUUUUAAACAAACUGAACAAAUUAUUAGUCUUAAUAUUAUACUACAAUAUUUUACUCUACAACAAUGGUUUUCCCUACAGUAAACACCUAUUAGAUUUAUUAUGCUAGUAAGUAUCCAUAAUAAUGAACAAAAUACAUAAGUUACAUUAUAAAUUAAAUUAUUUUAUUUUUAUUGUUAUUGUAUUUAUAUAUGACAUUAUUUCAUAGUAAUUUUAUUAUUAUUUUUAAAAUAUUACUGAUAGUUACCUGAUAAUAUUUUAAUAUUUUUAACAAUAUGCAGUUAUUUAUUAUUGUUAUAAUUACUAUAUAUACAAUUUUAUGAAUUAUUGUAUGAAACAUGUUUAUAAUUUAAUGUUAAUGUUGGCCUCUUUUUACCUUGUUAUGUAUGUCACUGUUAUAAUUAUUAUUAUUUUAUCCUGAUUUGUUGAAUUGUAAAUGUUAAAAUUAAGCUAAAUCAUUUAUGAUAUCAAUUUAAUUUUAACUAUUUCUUCAAAUAUGCCUUGAUAGUUUUACUAGCAUUCUUCAGUGUGGAGAAUUUAUUGAAUCUGAUGGUUUCAUACAUAAAUGGUUUUCAUAGUAAUAUAUAAUAUUUGUGAACAAUUGCAUUUUAUAUUAAAAUGGAGUUUGAAAAAGUUAUUUUAGUAUUUGAUGAAAUAUUUUCAAAAAUAAAUUUACAAUAGGUAAAAGACUUAGGAGAUAAAUUAGAUGUUACAAUAUUAUUAAAAAGGUUAACUAAAUAUUAAAAGACUAACUGUGAAGUGUGGUUAUAUUUAUUUAAUAAUUCUAAAGCAAAAGUAUGUACAGUAGG